CAUAGCUAGCAUCAUGUUUUGUUCAAGACUGCGAUUUCUGUGGUACUUUCAUUUUUGCCUUUUAGUGAACACCAGUGCCAGUUUCCCAUCACCGCUCUUUCGAGAGGCCCUGAGCCGUCGGGAGGUAAUUAACAGAUUAUGUCCACUGAUUAACAACACUUUCUCUUGCGGAAGCGUUUCGCCUUACUGUAGUUGUGCCCCGGAAACCUGCAUGGCUUACGGUGACUGUUGUUAUGAUGUCGCCUUUAAAACACCAGAAAUUGAAAUAAGGAGGUUAAAAAAUAUCAAGAAUAAGAGAAACGAGACGUCGUGUGUGACUCUGCCAGGCAUGCCGAACGCGGUGAAGAUGAUUACAUCUUGCCUGCCAAAUACCGACAAUAUUACCUCCAUGGAAUGUUUCAACGCAGGCAGGACAACCAAUAUAGACCCCAAAAGAGACCUACCAGUCUGGUCCAAGACAAGUCGUCUGGUGUAUAGAAAUCUUUAUUGCGCUUUCUGUCACAAUGAUACAGAUAUAGAACCCUGGUUACUUAAUUUUCACUGCGAUUCGCCAGACAUAAUCGAUUCAUUGCCCAGAAAUUCCACGGACAAACUUUCUUUGUUGAGACAAAUUGUAUCUUUGCCGAGUUGUUCAAUUUUGUUUAAACACCGCUCUCGUAUGGGAGGUGAUAUGCACGUGUGUAGGACAAAUGCCAGCAAGAAUUCUGACAACAUUACCAUAGAUUUCUCAUCGGUAGAUUUAUGGUAUGAAGAAUGGAUGGCGCAAUUUCAACCAUUUGAGUACGAGGUCCUUAUCCAAACUUGCAACGUUACAGGCCUUUGGGAGCAGUAUGAUGACAAUGAGAGGGACCAAUGUGAGGCAUAUAGCCAAUGGGUUGUAAGCGGGUUGCCACCUCGUCUGUAUUCUACAACGACAACGUCUUCAACCACGACGACGAUGUCAACAACAGAGCUUACUUAUCUUCCAAUCAACCUUGAAAUAAUACCAGACAAUCUCUCACCAAUUACGAAAACAUUUUGUUUUGGAUAUUGUCCUGAUAAGAGAUCAAAACUGUGGUCAACUUUUGGUCUAUUUGCUAAUCCUCAUUGCGCCACGUGCAAUGGUAUAAUCCUUGAGAAAAACAGUUUAAUUUGUCCACAGAUCAUACACGACACACAGAGGUUUUCCGAGGAUAAAGAACUUCCGGAUACUGGAGGUAUCCAACCUUUUUCUAUGCUGAUGGAUUUUGGUCCAGAUUUCCAAAUUGAAACAGAUCGUGAAAGGAAUAUACAAGAGAGAUGCCCGGCAGGAUACACCAAAAGACAAGGAUACGAGGAAUGCAGAAAAGUAAUUUGUCCAGCCGGCAUGAUUCCCAGUGGUACAGACUGCAUUGACCAGUUCCCUGAAAUCAAUCUGAAUUGCAGCUUUAAGGUGCCCGUGAAACUUUAUGCUUUUUCCAUUGACGCAACGCAUCCAGUUUUGUGCAAAGAUCUAAUUUACAACGUAUCUACAAUAUCAGCUAACAUUAUUCCCGAUGAGGUCCACUGCACGUAUACAGAGGACAAAUACGGUGUUUUUGAGGAUGAUGCCAUUAGUUGUAGAUUUGAGCCACAGAUUAUUCACACAGGCAUAAUUAUGAAAGUCGAAUCCAACGGCAUAAAAACGUGUAGUUAUCCUUUUCUGAUCACAACGCAUACAUCAAAUGAAUCGAGCGCGGUUUAUAUCACGGGAUCAGCAAUCUGGAAGGGUGUAUCAUCGUCUGUUGCUAGGCAGAUAGAGUCAAGAUUUAGUCAACAUCUGAGGAUGCCGUGGGAAUUCAGUGAUUUGAACAUCAGUGUCGUCACUCGACAUGGCCUACCAGAAAAAAGGAUCUUGCUGACAGGAACGUGGAAAAUAGAGAUAAAUUCUUCAAUGAAUUUUCAACCAUCUGAUAUCCUGAUUGGUACAGAAAGAUAUUUCAUAAGGCAUAUUUUGCUUCAUUUCGAAGCCCUUGGUAUGCGUCUUAUGUUCUUCAAAAACCCUGAAAUCUCCUUUCAGAGAAGAUAUGAUUAUAGCACAGCAUCAGUCGAUCCAAGGGCACAUUUUACAAACGUUUCCUUUGUGAUUGGCUAUCAGGAACAAAGUGUCAUCAGGUCCAGCUCUUCUUUGGAAACAUCAGUCGCGAUAUUGCAUCUGAAUUUUAGCAACGUAGAGCUUCUUUCGUUGGCAACAGAAGUACCAUUUUAUAUGCAAUUUUUUUCUUUUUCUUCAAAGGAGAAUGCCCGCUCAUGUUUUCGAUUUCCUUGCAUGCUUUGUAUUUCAUUCGAGAGCUAUAAUCUUUCCUUUCCAAAAUCAAAAGCGUAUACUUUCCCAUUAGAGCAAGGGAAACCAGGCUCAGGCUUGACAGGUUUCACUGUAAGUGCAAAACCAGUCCACCCAAUCCCCAAUUUUGACGCACCACGAUUUGUCGAAAAUAAGGACAAUCGCCAUUUACCAAAUGUCUCCAAGAUUUCAGAAGACACCCUGAACUGUGGCAGAGUGCGUCUUAACAGGUCUGAGUUCACUGAAGACGAUAACAUGAUUACAUUGUCAGUAAAUGGGUUGAUAUUGAGUCAGACUGAUUUUAUAAAAGACGGGGAGGGAGUUCUCAUUUGUGUAGACGUCUACUUAAAAGAAAAGAGAAAUAGGACUCCCGAAUCUUCUUCUGUUCUUGUGCAGGUGAUUGUUUCCUAUAGUCUUCUCUCGCUAUCUGUCCUUUGCUUGGUUUUUACAAUUAUCACCUACCUGUUGUUUACAGACUUAAGAAAGGGUCUUCCCGGGAAAAAUUCAUUCAACCUCUGCGUCACUCUGAUGCUUGCACAGUUAUUGUUUCUCCUUAAUUAUGUACCCUCUCAAAACAAUGCUGUUUGUAAAGUGUUUGCCAUUGUGAUGCAUUACUGGUGGCUUUGUUCAUUUGCUUGGAUGACUGCAUGUGCUUUUCAUAUGUGUUGGACGUUUACAUAUCCCUUUAGUAUUGCCCAGUUUGAUUCUUCGGACAUUCGUAAGUGGCAUAUCAUCUACUGCCUAAUAAGCUAUUGCUCUCCAUUAGUAAUUGUUAUUCCGUGUGUUGUUCUUGACUUUUGUGAAUGCAGCAGUGUUUCGAUAGGCUACGGCACAGGAGGUUCAUCAUGUUGGAUAGGUAACACUAUGGCACUUGCCUACAGUUUCGCUCUGCCCGUUGGGAUAACUAUUCUCUUACAACUUGGAUUCUUCAUUAGGACAGCUAUUGCCUUACGGCCUGUUCCUAAUGUUGAACGUUGUGGUCCAGAUUACAACCAAUUUCUUGUUUACUGUAAACUAUCAACGUUAAUGGGUUUUGGGUGGAUCUUCGCGUUCAUCGCUGCAUUUACAAGUCUCUCAUUUAUGUGGUAUCUCUUUUACGUAUUUUCUUGUCUGCAAGGUGCUUUUAUUUGCUUUUCAUACAUUAUGAAAAAGUCAGUAUUGCAACGGUAUCGAAAUUACUGCAGAAAUAAGUCACCAGGUCAUAUCUCAUCUACUACAAAUAUGAGCAUGACUACACUGACAUCAGCUAAAAACGCACGGAGCGCCACCUAUAUUACGGCGCCUGAAGUUGCUGUUUGAAGCCUGUUUAUUAGGAAGUGCACCGUUAUCAGAAUCAAAAUUCACGUCACAUUAUUUUAAUAUGGCUAAUUUUUCAUUUCAUGUUGAUGCUUUUGCAUUUACUUUUAUUUGAGAGAUACGUUAUUUGUAGAGUUUAAUAUUUGUGUCUGAAGACAAGCACAGGGUAGCAUUUUAAAUAUCCUAUCUUUACUGUUUUAGAUCUCAUUGUUACGGACAAAUUGGUAUAUCUGCCAAGAGUUCUUUUUGGGUUAUUAUCCAUUACAUAACGGUUUCUGACUGUUAGUAAACAAGGUGAUAAAUUUAUCCCACGAUAGGGGAACGCCUAUUAAGUACUGACUUAAUUAAUGGGAAUGGGUCCUUUAAUAUGCUUAAAACGGCUGGGAAAAAGCUUUUAUCGAACGAUGUAAACGUAUUUUUUCUCCGUAUAUAUAUAUGGUUUUGUAUUCACUUUCAUUUGAAAGACGCGUUAUUUGUUGAGUUUUAUCUCUGCGUCUGAGGACAAGCACAGAGUAGCAUUUUAAAUAUCCUAACUGUUUUUUCUUUUAUGUGACGGCUCUAUACGUAUAUCAAGAAUAAAGUUUUGGAACACAAACUUACGUUUUUCAAUUAUCCAUAAUAUAACGGUUUCUGUCUGUUAGUAAAUA